GUUGCCGUAAAAGCACUCCAUUUUUUCAGACCAAACGUAAACUUAACGACAUCUUUAACCAGUUGCGGCGGCGUAGUCACCGGACGUCAAACAUUUCCAAAUCACCAUACUUUCUCAUUCGUUGACUUUAAUCAUUUAUAAACUCCUCUUCUACACCAUCUUCAAGAAACCGAUUGAUAUUUUUUUUUUAUUCUUUACAUCUACAGUAAACAAAUAUCCAGACGCGUAAAACACCAAGUUUUAGGGUUGAUGGCAUCAUCAAAUGGUGGUGGUGGCGGCGGCGGCGGCGUGCCUCCGGGUUUUCGAUUCCAUCCGACGGAUGAAGAGUUGCUUCAUUACUACUUGAAGAAGAAAAUUUCAUUUCAAAAGUUUGAUAUGGAAGUGGUUAGAGAGGUAGACUUGAACAAGAUGGAGCCGUGGGAGCUACAAGAGAGAUGUAGAAUUGGAGCGACUCCACAAAAUGAAUGGUACUUUUUCAGCCACAAGGAUAGGAAGUAUCCAACAGGAUCAAGGACGAAUAGAGCUACAAAUGCCGGGUUUUGGAAGGCAACGGGAAGAGAUAAAUGCAUUCGGAACGUUUACAAGAAGAUCGGUAUGAGAAAAACCCUGGUUUUCUACAGAGGAAGAGCUCCUCAUGGACAGAAGACUGACUGGAUCAUGCAUGAGUAUCGGCUUGAAGAUGGGGAUGAUGUUGAUGCAAACUCCAAUGAGGAUGGCUGGGUAAUAUGUAGAGUAUUUAAGAAAAAGAAUCUGUUCAAAAUUGUAAAUGAAGGAGGAACAAGCACCAACUCAUCUGAUCACCACCAACUCAACAACAACAACAACACAUCAAUUACCAUGCAACCUCGUACUUACAUGCACUUACCUUUUGAACUAAACAAACCUGAACUUGCACUUCAUCACUACCCACACACCAUGGCUACAUCUCAAUAUUCUAUUUUCCAAUCUCAAACCCUAGCUCCAUCCCAUACUACCAAGCUAUUAGGUUACGAAUACUCGAACCCCGCUAGGGAUUGUGAGAGUGGAAGUGAAAGUAUUAGAUAUGAUCAAGCUGGUUUAGAUGUGGGUAGUUGUGAUCAAGCAACCGCUGCAGGCGGAUUGAAUGAUCAUUGGGCUAUGCUUGAUCGGAUUGUUACUCCUCAUCUUGCCGGUAAUGCGAAUUCGUCAUCGGUUCAACCGAUUAAUCAUCAAUCGAUGCGCGGGGAGAUGGAUUUUUGGGGCUAUGAAAAAUAA